AUGAUUCAAACACUACCUUGUAUUGCAUCAGUUAGUUUUGAAGCAAAUAAGAGACAAAAUUUACCAGGAAUAGAUACAAUUAUGUAUUCACAAUCAAAUCAUUUCAAUAUGAAUGAUUUUAAACGCGAACCAACAUGUUCUUCUGUUAGCGUUCAAGAUGCUGAAUUAUUACUUUCAAUACGUUCGAUACCUGAAAAACCGAGAAAACUUCAUCCGAAAUUUCGUCCAUAUAUAAGUGAACCAGUACAUACACCGCUUCCAGCAUUCGAUAAUUUAACAUUAUUAAAACGAUCAAAUUCACUUUCUUCAUCUCCGUCAGAUGAAUGUUCUUCUGAAUCAUCAUCAUCAACACCAUGUACAUCUCCAUUUUCAACUUCAAAUGACGAUAGUCAAUCAUCAUCAUCAUCAUCAAACCAACAAUUUCAUAUUCUUUAUGUUAAUGUCAAUGGUGAAUAUGUUCCUGUAGCUAAAACUUCAUUUAUUAUUCAACCAUCAUCAUCAUCAGAAUCACAAAUACCAGUACCUAAACCAAUAUCAGUUCGAAAGAAAAAUUAUAUUUGUCCAUAUACUGAUUGCACUAAAUCAUAUUUUAAAUCAUCACAUCUUAAAGCACAUAUUCGUUUGCAUACUGGUGAAAAACCAUUUUCAUGUUCAUGGCCGGAUUGUGAUAAAACAUUUGCCCGAUCGGAUGAAUUAAGUCGACAUCGACGAACACAUACUGGUGAAAAAAAACAUAUUUGUUCAUUUUGUCAAAAAGCAUUUAUGCGAAGUGAUCACUUAUCAAAACAUCAAAAACGUCAUUUAAAAACAAAGAGUCCGUUUUGA